GAACGAUUGAUCUAAGAUAAUAGGUUGAGGGUCGCCGUUCUUCAAGAUGUCGACGUUAACUAGGACCUUCCGAAACUUGUGGAGGAUCGGAUUGAAGGACUAUGGCCACCAAAUGCAGUACAUCGGUGACACCAAAGCCGGAACUUUGAUCGCGACCGACCGCUACGGAAAUAAAUACUACGAAAACAUGGAGGAGGAACUGCCUCUCCGAACCAGAUGGGUCGAUUACAAAGAGAAAGAUUUCGACGCGAGUCAGAUAGAGCCUGGUUGGCAUGCUUGGAUUUCAUAUAUGGUUGACGCUCCUCCAACAACGGACAAGAUCUUGCAGACUGGCUUGCGCACUUGGGAACUUCCCGAGCACCGCGCAAAUGUGACUUUGUCUCGUGGUGCCUAUAAACCAUACUCAACUGUCAAGGCCAAGUAUUCUGCUUGGCAGCCAGUUGCUGCUCCUCGAUAGAUUGUACAACUCAAUUGAAACUUUUCCAUGUCUAACAGGUCUUUUGAGGAUGAAAAUGCUCAAUCUUUGUAAAAAUCUCAUUCUUUUCUCUUUUAGAUCCGGAAUGACCACAUAUUUUUCACUUCACAAUUCUCUUAAGUAUAUCAAAACAUCGAAACC